AUGAUUCCGCGAAGAUUCAGUAAGAUUGGUAAGGUUGGAAAUGGCAUUUUUUAAAGAAAAUAGUUGAGAAUUUGUUAGAAACUGAAUUUUUUAAAAAAGUUUUAGCAAAGUUUUUUAAAAAAUUAAGAAUUUAAAAAGUCUUGGCGUUAAUUUCCAUUCCUUCCCACUUUCAACAGCGUCAAGACUUUUUUGAAUUUUCAAUAAUUUAAUUAGCUUGGUAUGAGUAAAUUUAAAAUACGAUGUUUUCGUUCUUCAAGGCUAGAGUUUUACAAAAAUUGAAAAAAUAUUUUUUUAAUUAAAUUUUUUUUUGUUUUUUACUAUAUCGUAUCUUUUCAGACAGUAACAAUGGAGCAGAACGGAUACCCUUAUGUGAAACAAAUCAUGCCGGCUUGGCGUUGUACGAGGUAAGACCUACUCCAGUUUACUUUAUUAUACAGUACCUAAUUCUACCCUACCCUACCCUACCCUACCCUACCCUACUCUACCCUACCCUACCCUACCCUACCCUACCCUACCCUACCCUACCCUACCCUACCCUACCCUACCCUACCUUACCCUACCCUACCCUACCCUACCCUACUUUUCCCUACUCCAUACUACGACAUUCUAUUCUAUCUUACUCCAUUCUAUCUUAUCUUACUCCAUUUUACUACAUUCUAUGUCGCCCUACUCCAUCCAACUUUAUCCUAUCCUACCCUACCUACUCCAACUAAUCUAUUGCAUUACAAUACAUAUCACUUUAACUUUUUUAAAAUCAUUUCGAAAAAUUCAAAAUUUUAACAUUUCAGGAUGAAUACAACACGCAAGGCCAAAAGAUUGGUCAAAUGCUUCGAUCCCUUUCCUUAUACCAGUCGGCGCCUCAAGAAGAUGUCGAAGCCAACUCACAAGCGGCGCCAAAACAACCGGUCAAAAUGGGUACCCUAAUGGGCGUGUACUUUCCGUGCAUGCAAAAUAUCUUUGGAGUUUUAUUCUUUAUCCGACUCGCAUGGAUUGUGGGCGCAGCUGGGAUUGUGGAGUCGUUGGGGGUGGUAUUACUCUGCUGUUCUGUGGUAUGUUAAAAUUUUUUGCAUUCUAAAGGUUAUGGUGGGGUGUAAAAUACGAUAUUUUUCUUUACAGUAUUUUGAAAUUUUAAAAAAUACAAAAAAUUUUUUAAAAUUUUUUGAAAUAAAAAUUUUUUCAAAAUUUUUAAAAUUAAAAAAAAAAUUUUAGACCUUCCUAACAUCGAUAUCACUAUCAGCAAUCGCCACAAAUGGGGUGGUACCCGGCGGAGGGCCCUACUACAUGAUAUCCAGAAACCUAGGACCCGAACUCGGUGGAGCCAUUGGAAUCCUAUUCUACAUGGGGAACACCGUCGCCGGUGCUAUGUAUAUAACAGGAGGUGUAGAGAUUUUACUAGUCUACUUAUGUCCACAAUUAAAGUUGUUCGAUAGUAUGUUCAACAACUUCCGGGUCUUCGGGUCGAUCCUACUCUUGUGUAUUGGACUGGUCGUCAUCGCUGGGGUUAAGGUAGGUUUGGACAGACGGGUAGAGUGGGAUGGGGUGAGUAACUUUUUUUAAUACAAUUACGAUACUGGUACACUAAGGUAGGGUAAGUAGGUUAUUGUAAGCCAAUUUUUAAUGUUAUGACAUUUUUCAUUACAGGUUGUAAAUAAAUUUGCACUGCCUGCAUUAGUAAUGGUACUAUCUUGUAUAGCAUGUACUUUCAUCGGAGAAUUCUGGAAAUUUAAUGGUACAGAUACCUUACAGUAAGUUUUUUUUAAAUUUUAAAUCAGGCUUUUCUCAUGGUGACUAUGUAAACUCCAAAUUCCAGGUACUGUAUGGUAGGCGACCGACCAGUAAAUCUAGUCUCCUUUUCCGAAAAAUUCCAAUACAGUCCAGACUGCUCAAUCGAAGGCCUAAAGCCUGCGUUUUGCCAAAACAGCUCAAGUUGCGACCCCUACUUUCAACACGUACUCAAAACAAACCCAUUAAGUAUCGGGUCUCGACGUGCUAUCACCGGAUUCUCAUCAAGUGCCUGGAAAGACAAUUUGUGGCCAAAAUACAGAGAAAAGGGUACUGUAUUAACAAAAGGAAAUCAUGAAACUGAACCAGAAGCCAAGAAAGGAUCGUUUUGGAUCUUCGAAGAUACGACGACAUCCUUUAUGGUACUAGUGGGAGUUUACUUCCCUUCUGUAACUGGUAUCAUGGCUGGCUCGAAUCGAUCGGGGAAUUUAAGAGAUGCAGCCAUUUCUAUUCCAUGGGGUACUAUUGGAGCUCAAUUAACAACUUCUUUAGCUUGUAAGUUUGGUUUAUUGAACUGUAAACGUAAAUUGUCUCAUCUUAGUAGUUAAGUUAAGAUUCUUUAUGAGAUUGAUAUUGAUGUUUUCGCUGACAUUAGUGAUCCAUUUCCUUAUACCAAACAAGAUCUUCGUUAGCCCAUUGAGCUGAAAUAAUGAGCUUUUCUUGUUUAUGUUGAUAAACCCUCUAUAAGAUUAUUUAUACAGACAACGGAUGAGUUGGUACCUAUAAGAAACGAAGGCUUAAAAGAAUCUUAAAAAGUUAGAAAAAAACUUACCUUUUAUUACCUUCAAAAUCCAGUAAAAAUUAUUCUUCUUCCAACGCAUAACCAUUUUUCAACGUAAACGUGCACGAACAUCAUAUUACAAUGUUUGAUUUCCCAAUCCAAGUAGUUUAGGAAGCAAUUCAGUUUAUUCACAGCUCAAAAGUCCCAUUUUCCCAAUUGCUUUUGAAACGAAACGCCAAGAUCGUUCAUUCACAAGGCGAUCGUUGCGGGAGAAUUUGGACGAUCGAGCGUUUUUUUUAUAAAAAAGUUGCACUAAUUUAGUUUAGCAAUAUGACUACAUUUUUAUGCGUAGUAACUUACCUGGCUGACAUAACAUUUGAAUUUGUCUAUGAUUUUUAUGAAUUAACAAAAAAUAAUUUUAAAAUUCUUAAACGCCGUUAAGUAUCAAAACGUUUUAUUUUCCAAAUAAGGCACGCAAUUACAUUGUAAUAAAGUUGAACAUCGAGGGGUUCUUCCUUCAGAGCACUGAAUAUUACAGUCGGUGUCUUGGAAACAUCGAAGACCUUUUCCAUAUAUUAUAGUUGUGAUUAUAGAUAAUAUAAAGAAACAUAAAGUUAGAAAGUUCAUGUUAAUUAGAUGAACUUUAAGCUUUUAUAAUAUAACAACGUAUGCGAUUUGGCGUAGGUUAAUCUUGUUAUGGGUAUAUAUAAGUCAUGUAUAUAUACUCUUAAGGUCUUGUUAUUUUUACUUAAACUACUGAGUCUUGUUGUUUGUAUUAUAUAAUAACUAUUAGAGCUUUGUUAUUUGUCUAGAACAAUACUAAAGUUUAUACCUAUUUGCAUAAUUAGAGAAGGUGAAAUGACUAACUGUUUUGUAGUUGUUUUGAUGAGUUUUGGUGGUUUUACAUUGACAAAGCACGAUAAUUAGGAAACACAAAACACUGAUAUUACAUAGAUCAGAAAUUUAAGGUUUAGUGCUAAUUUUCAUUGUUAUAAACAUAGUUCUUCAAUAUCACGACAUUAAUAAACGACCAAUUACAUAACAACCAAUUUUCAGACAUUUUUGGCACCGCCUUCUUCGGCAUGACGGUGUCAGAGAUGUUCAUCCGAGACAAGUUUGGCGAAUCAGCUAUGGGUAAGAUGAUUGUCGCCGAACUAGCGGUCCCAGUACCAAUUGUCAUCCUAAUUGGCUGUUUGGCCUCAACUGUUGGAGCUGGAAUGCAGUCAUUAACUGGAGCACCAAGGAUUCUACAAGCUAUUGCUAGUGAUGAAGUUAUUCCAUCGUUACGGCAUUUCAAAACUACUGAUAAGAGAGGAGAGCCUCUGAUUGCCAUCGUUGUGACGCUGAUCGUCUGUGAAGUCGGUAUUUUGAUUGCGGUUUUGGAGAGUUUAACUGCUUUGAUUACUGAGUAGGUUUUUAUUAUGAGUAUGGUACUUGUAUAGUAAAGGUUAGAGUUGGUUAGGGUAAAAAAAUCUUAAUUAAAAAGAAAAUUUUUUUUAGAUUCCUCCUGAUGUGUUACUUUGGCGUAAACCUCUCAUGCGCCAUCCAAUCCUUGAUGAAAGCUCCAGGUUGGCGUCCCACCUUCAAGUACUAUCACUGGGCCCUAUCGUUCUCCGGCGCUCUUCUCUGCCUAGCCAUUAUGUUUAUCAGUUCUUGGCAAUUCGCCAUCUUGGCCAUAUUGAUGGGAAUUGCUGUCUACAAGUACAUUGAAUACCAAGGAGCAGAGAAAGAAUGGGGCGAUGGUCUCAAAGGUCUAAAGCUCUCGGCCGCUCGUUAUGCCUUACUGUCUGUGGAUCAACGUCAUGAACAACAUAGUAGAAACUGGCGGCCACAGUUGUUGGUAUUGUAUCCCAACAAGAGCUUCUUCAGUGGCAAAGGAGAUAAUGAAGUUGGGGAAAAGUUGUUGGGCUUUGUGAGUCAAUUAAAGGCUGGCAAAGGCCUGACAAUGGUCGCUGAAUGCAUCGAAGGUGACUAUGUCAAGAAGACUGAUGAGAUUACCAUAGAAAGAGAGCGAUUGAUGGACAAGCUCAGUACCUACAAGAUCAAAGGCUUCUCGGAAGUGCUGGUUAACGAUAACUACAAUGCUGGCAUCAAUUGUCUAGUCCAGACGUCAGGACUGGGUGGGCUUCGUCACAACAGUGUGUGUAUAUGUUGGCCUGACGUUUGGUCAGAAACCAAAUCAUGGGAAGAAGCUCAUCGUUUUGUUAGUGCUAUCAGAACUAUCGCGGCUUCAAAGUGUGCCAUUUUGGUGCCAAAGGGCAUCAAGAACUUCCCCAAAUCAAACGAAAAGUUGGGUGGUACCGUUGAUGUGUGGUGGAUCGUGCACGAUGGUGGUCUUCUGAUGUUGCUACCGUUCUUGUUGAGGAAACAUCGUACUUGGAAGAACACUACAUUGAGAUUGUUUACUAUCGCUCACAUUGAUGAGAAUAGCACGCAGAUGAAGGAGGACUUGGAGAAGUUCUUGUAUCAUUUGAGGAUUGAAGGACAGGUGUUUGUUAUUGACAUGGUAAGAGUUUUUCUAGCCUAAGCUUAAUGUUUUUUAUUUUAAAAAUUUUCUUUUACAUUUAAAAAAUUUUAAUUUACAGCCCGAAUCCGACAUCUCCGAGUACACAUACGAGAAGACUUUGAAGAUGGAAGAAAGAGUUAAAUUCCUUCGCGAAAUGAAGGCCAGAGAACGUCGAGACAGUCCAGCCACGAUGGAUGAAGUCGUUCUAGAAAGAAGAUUCAGUAGGAUCGAAAGAAAGCAGAGUAACACCUCGAAUAAACUGGAAAGUCCAAUCAGAUCAGUACAAUCACCACCUGGAUGUGUUGACAUUGAUGAGACCCAAGAACUCCCUGCGGGCAUUCACAACAAAGUUAGAUUCAGCGAAAAUUCUAUUGAGGUAAGUGAAAAUGGCAAGAAGUUGUUUUAUAGAGAAAAAAAUGGCAAGAACUUUCUUUACAAAACAAGAAAUGACAAGAACAUCCUUUACAAAGGUCAAAAUAGCAAAAACAUCUCCCAAAAUCUUCUUUUUUUAUAUUUUUUGGCUAUUUUUAACUAAUGCCAAAGAUUUCCUAAUUUGCGUUGCGGGACCAAAAUAACACUGAAGUGUAUUGCUUAAAACAUUUACCGAAACAAAAUUAUUGUAAUGAAUUACCCUUACUAUUUCGUAUUUUACAUAUAUUUUCUUCAUUGAAAAACUUUUACGUAAAGUUUUUUGUUUUAGAUCGAGAAACAAGACAAGAUUCCGACCACUCCACCAACUCCAGGGACUUACAACGUGAGAAAGAUGCACACAGCUGUAAAGUUGAACGAUCUGAUGAAAGACAGGAGUAAGGAUGCUCAGCUAAUCGUGGUCAAUCUACCUGGGCCACCGGAAAAGGAUCGGGACAAUUAUUGUAAGUUUUUUAAAAUUUUGAAUUUUUUGAAAAAGAUUUAAAUUUUAAACUUUUAUUAAAUUAAGCUUGGACUAGCCUCACUCUGUUAUGUAAAAGUUGUUUUGUAUUACAAUUUACCCUUUUUGUAGAUAUGGAGUUCCUAGACACCCUAACAGAUGGCCUGAACCGAGUACUACUGGUUCGCGGUACGGGCACCGAAGUUGUUACCAUUUACUCGUGA